CACGUUGUUCUAAUACCAUACCAACUACGACGCAAGCUGGCUGGAAAAUAUAAAGCUUUGCUGAAUGAUAGGUACUUUUAGAAAGCCUAUAUAACUUCCCAUACCACUCAUUUGCCAUUUCAGUGACGCGCAUUUUCGUUAGUCCGGCCUGAUUUAGCGUGAUUUUCGUGCUUUUUUCGUACCAAAAUCGGCCAAAGUCGGUUGGAACAGAGUGAAAUGCAAUCUAACAAUCUCAUACACAGUAGUAAAAAAGAGGACAGGCAUUGAAACGCUUCAUUUGGGCAAAAGGUAUAAAGGGAACUGAUUUGGUUAUAUGGAGAGGAUAGAAGCGGAUUAUAAAGACGAAAAGCUAGAGUAAAUGUCGGCAGCCGGCUUUACUAAUUUUCAAUUCUAACUUCCUACAACCCUACUUCUAUUGCAAACGCUUCUCAGCAUCAGCCUCCCGCUGCCAUGCCCCGAUUCGUUGUUUCUAGUAUUUACUUCUUAAUUCUGUUUUUAUCGCUUUUAUUUUCUCCAUUUUACUCAUUUUCUUUGUUACCAAAAAUCUUAUUUGCCCGCCGCGCUGGUCCAUUGAAUUCAUGAUCUACUCUAGUUUUUGCUUUAAUCUGCUCUAUUUCGUUAGCAGCAAGGUGGAAAAUAAAAGCGGCUAAAAAUACAAGCAGGACAGCUUCGAAAAUAGUCAAGUCAAAUUCCUGUUCCGCUUUUGGUGGGGAACAUACCAACUAGCCUGCCCGUCCAUUAACCAUUGUCCGUCCCUAACACCAGGGCUUAAAUUACCACUACACACUCUAGUUACUUUCUUCAUUUCCAGAACCCAUAGCCAACAUCUUAUCCCUUAAGCAGCCAACCCGUUUGAACUUCUACUUUAUUCAUACCAUGUUCACACUAAAUUCAUUCAGUCCAGUCCACUACAUUUCACUUUGAAGCAAUAAAGACGCGAGCUUUUGAUCAAAUUCCUUUUCACCGGCUCAGAUGAACAAAUACAAUAAUGCUGUAAUUUACUCCGGUGGCGUUUUUUUAUGCUACUCUGCUCAAAUUUCACCCAAUUUUGGCUGCUAAUUCAAACAAAACGCUUUUGAAACGUCAGAUUACACUUCAGUUUUCAAGCAUACCUUUCAAACUGUCCCUGAGAAUACAAGAUGUUCGCAUAUUAAAUUGAUUUUCAAUUCGCCUGAAGAAUCUUUUUAAAAAAUUAUUCAAACAAUUUACUCCUAUGUUGAUGCUCUUGCAUUUUGCACUAUUUACUAUAGCGUGAAGUACUCAAAUCGAUCAAUGAAGAAGGCUGAACCGACAGUUUACUGAUGUUAAUCUGGUUUUGCUCUGCAGUUUUUGGUUGAAAGAUUCUACUCGCAAUUUUCGAUAUGUUACCCGACUGCAAAGCGUCCAUAUUGCGAUUCACAGAAGUAUCGAAAUUGAUAGAAGACAACUCGGAGAAAUUUUCUAAUAUUCGUACAUCAAAGCAGCUUCACUUCACCGAGUUCUCCUUCAGAUUUCUCACUUCCUAAUAGCUUAACGAUUUUAAUUGCUCAUAAAUUUCGAAAAAACACUUUAUUAAUAUUUUUUUCAAAAGGUUAAAAAGUUUUAAAUUAAAAAACAAUCCCGUUUAGUUUCCAUUUUGUGUUUAGUUUACUUUUUCUGAAACAUAUUAUGUACAGCAUUAAGUCAAAUAUCUAAACCUUGAAACUAAACCUAAGCAAGUCCGAAAAGUUGUGGAAAAUAUUGGGUUAUAGAAAAUAUUUGUUUGUUACCCAACUUAUUACCUUCGUUACACAUCCACAGAUUUAGUUAUUUAAAACAUGGCCAGUGCUCCCGGAGCCGGAGAUCCGCACAUCAUUAGUUCCAGUCGAAACCCCUCCCGAAGAAGCAGUCUAGCCGCUGUCAUCGGAGUCAAGUACAAGACAUCGGGAGGCGGCGCUGCCGCGGGACUCAGACGCCGCUCUUCCAACAACAUGGUAGUACCGAUUGCAGUGUCACAGAACGAUAUAUUGGACAGCCAUCGCUACAGUUCCGACGAUGAAGAUGACAAUUCGUCCAAUCAGGACCAGGAGGAUGUUUACGUGUCCGAUGAAGAGCAGCUGUUUGCGCGCAAUAGAGACCUGGAGAGUACCUCUACCAACCACCAGUACACAGUGCAGGAGAGGGAGAUCCUGGGUCAGUUCGAGGCAGUCGACUACCUCCCCCCACACUCACAGGCAUACAAAAAGUGGCUGUCGGGACAACCCUCAAGGCUAGACUGGGACAGGUGGAUCAUGAUGGGACUGAUUGGAUUCCUAACUGGACUCAUUGGGUUCCUGCUGCACCAGUUCAUCGGCAUCAUCACUCAAUACAAGUGGUUCAUUGCCAGACAACUAGUCGAGCAUGGACCGGCGAAGUUGAUUCAGAUGAUUUACAUAGACAACAUGAAGCUCAAAUUGAACUCAAGCUCAGUGGCUAAUCUCUCUGAAAACAUGGCAGCGACCUCGGAUCUGAGGAAUAUCUUUUUCGCGUGGAUCUGGGUCAUCUGCUAUGGACUCGUCUUCUGCAUCAUGAGCACUUCUUCAGUCGUCCUGUUGAGGCCGGCUGCGUCUGGCUCGGGCAUUCCGGAGUUGAUUGGGUACCUGAACGGGACAGUGGUGAGGCAGAUCUUCAACAUUCGCACCCUCAUUGUCAAGUUCUUCUCCAAUGUGUGUGCUGUCGGCAGUGGACUCCCAGUGGGGCCUGAGGGACCCAUGAUCCACAUGGGAAGCUGUGUGGGUGCUGGCAUCUGCACGAAGUUCCCAUUCUUCACCCGUUUUCGCAACCCGGAAGACAAGCGAAACUUCAUAACAGCGGGGGCUGCGGCAGGAGUAUCUGCUGCCUUUGGCGCACCAGUUGGGGGUCUACUAUUCGCCAUGGAAGAAGUAUCCUCUUUCUGGAACCUGAAGCUAUCUUGGCAGACGUUUUUCUGCUGUAUGGUGUCUACAUUCACAGUGGACCUGUUCAACUCCGCAUUCGACGGAUUCUCAUAUCGGGGCGACUUCGGCCUCUUCAAACCCGAGAAAUACAUCCUCUUCCAGAUCAACAAGGCCAUUGCUGUGAACAUCCUGCUGUUCAUCCCGACGGUGCUGCUUGGUCUGAUAGGCGGACUGCUGGGGGCGGGAUUUAACCUGCUCCACCUAAAAAUCAUUCGACUGCGGAGGAAGUUCAUCUUCAGACAACAGUCCGAAUGGGCCAAGAAGUUCCUCCGCAUGGUAGAACCCUGCAUCAUACUAAUAAUAACUUGCACAGUGGCUGUUUUCUUGCCUCUCUUCUUCAGCUGUACAAAGCUCACAUGCUAUCAGAAUCUAGAGGACGACGGCAGGGGAACUCCUUCUAUCAUGAACACAUCACCAAAUUUGUGCCACCGAAGAAUUCCGGAGGUAGUGAAAGACAGAGAGAAGGACGCCAUCUGGCCGUGUAGCAAGGUGCGAGAUGUGAUCCACAAGGAGUCCGAGUUUGUAGUCCACACCAACAACACGAUCAAUGAAGUGGGUGUACUGUUGUAUGGGACGGGUGAGCACGCGAUAGGACACCUGUUCUCCCGGGACACUCACAUGGACUUCAGCUACCUCAGUUUGAUCAGUGUGCUCGUUAUCUACUUCUUCCUGGCCGCAUGGGCCGCCGGCUCACACAUCUCAUGCGGAACUGUAGUCCCCAUGCUAGUAAUCGGUGGUCUGUUCGGCCGGAUAGUGGGUCGGGGUCUGGUGGACAUCAUAGGCAUAGACCAUAUCCUGGGCAACAGGUACUGGAUGUGGAUAGAUCCAGGGGCAUUCGCUCUAAUCGGGGCAGCCUCCUUCUUCGGCGGAGUGGCCCGACUCACCAUGUCUCUCACCGUUAUCAUGCUGGAGAUAACGAAUGACGUCAUGUUUCUGCUACCAAUCAUGGUGUCAAUCAUGGUGGCCAAGUGGGUGGGCGACUACUUCACCCAUCCCCUGUACCACGCCCUCUUAGAGCUCAGAUGUAUUCCAUUCCUCAACGCAGAACCAACAGUCUACAACAACAAGGGAAUCGUGAACCUGGAACUGUUCACGGCGAGUGACGUCAUGAGUGCUCCUGUGUACGUGGUGCGGGUGUUCGAGUCUGUCGGCUACCUUUCCCGUCUGCUCAUGACAACAGGCCACGGGGGAUUCCCUGUGGUAGGCAUGGACGGGAGGACCUUCCGAGGAACCAUCACAAAGAAUGAAAUCAUGGUUCUCAUCCGGACUCCGGAUCUCUACGAAGACAGAAAAAAAGUAUCCUAUGCGACCUUGUCACGCAAUCCAAACGUCAGCUACAAUAAGUUGAAAAGAAAUAGAAGCGAGAAGGCUUCAACCAUCACCCAGUUGUACAGAACGUCUUCUUGCUCAAAUAAAUACAUCAAUUUGCUACCUUACAUAAAUCAAUCAGCACCUUGUGUCCAAGAGAGCUUCUCCUUACAUCGGGCCUACAUAAUAGUGAGGAGUCUGGGAUUGCGACACCUGGUGGUCGUGGACCACAACAACCAUGUCAAGGGCAUCAUCACCCGCAAAGACCUCAUGGGGUUCAGUCUAGAGGAACGCCUGUUCGAGAAAUACCACCCUGCGACCACCACCGCUACCACCGCAGCAACACCCGAAAACGCCGCAGCAGCCGGACACCGAACAAACUCUAAGACAGAUCCUCCUCCAGGAGGCGGCGGCGGCGGAGGAGGAACUGCGAGUGUCACCGGAACAACGACAACAACGGGUAAAAACACAAAAGAUCCAGAGUCAGCGCGAGGUCUGAAGGAACAGUCGAAACCGCUGGCUUCUAAGGGUGUUAUAACAGUUCGAACAUCAACAGAUAUUGAAGAAGAACCAAGAUUGUCAACUAUUUCCUCACAGCCAAGUUCACUAAAUUCGCCUCUAGGAACACCCGAUAUGGUAAUAGACGGAGGAGGCAACAAGGUCCAGGAACAUAUUGCUAUGGAAACACUCAAACCCAAACCCACCGCCACAACAGCUAAGACUAACCAAUCACUGCCCACUAAAGCCAAUAAAACCAAAGAGCAGCGGUCUAAGAAACCUGACCUUUUAAUGUGUAAUGGGAUGAACGGAUCCAACCCUCGGCCGAGUGUGAAUUCGAAGCAAGUCGAAGAACAUGUUGACGGGAAGGAAGAUCAGCCGACGGUACACAAAGCCGAUUCGGCCAGUAAGAGCAUCCACAUAGAAAACACGACGUGUGAAUCUGCCGUUUUGUAACUUUGUUACUGCACAAUGCAAAUAGUCAAAUGCCCAAUCCUAAUGCCCAAAUCUAGCAAUUAAAUUCAAGCUAAGUCACGAAGAAAGUUCAAAAAGUUCUGAAUUAUGAGUCUGGAGUACUCGAGUUUUUAAAAGUAGUUUUGAGCUCUUCGUCUUAAGGUCACAAUUUUUUCUACCUUAGGUGGAAAUUAUUUUACUUUGUUCGAACUUCAGUUGUUUUGUUAUGUUUCAUAUAGUUGAUAUUAUUUUUUA